AUGCAACAUAUUUCUCCCCAGCACGGAGGUGGCCUAGGGGAGUUGACCAGCUAUCCCUGUUAUCCAACCUUAAGAAGCAGACACAGCCUUGCAACGCUGCCAUUCUAUAACUUUUCCUUAUGGGUCAUUUUUGGGAUUUUGAUGUUCCCAUGUUGUGUACAAUGUUUAAUUUUUAAAGUGGGUGUUCUUGGACCAUGGAACUGUGACCCUAUCUUCUCAAAAGCCCUGCCCGCAGUCGCUGCAAGGCUAGCGGUUAGCAGGAUAAAUGAGGAUUUCAGUUUGGACUUGGGGUGCCAAAUGGACUUUAGAGUUCUCCAAGAACCUUGCGAAACAUCCAAGGCUUUGACAACGUUUGUCACUUAUGAGAAAUUAGUCGACGCUUUCGUGGGCCCCACAAAUCCAGGAUACUGCAAUGCAGCCUCACUGCUGGGCAAGAACUGGGACAAAGCCAUAUUUUCUUGGGCUUGCAUUAAUUAUGAGCUGGACCGUAUCCAGGGCUACCCUACCUUUGCACGGACUUUGCCCUCCCCUACACGGGUUCUGUUCAGCGUGCUGAAAUACUUCAGAUGGGCCAACAUUGGCAUAGUUUCCUCCAAUGAAGACUUAUGGAUUGACACCGCUGGCAAAGUGGCCAACUCCCUGAGGAGCCAGGGACUUCCUGUUGGCAUCGUUACGUCCAUAGGAGUUAAUGACACCGAGAUGGAGAACACAAUGAAGAGAAUUCAAAGCGCAGGGGACAUAAAAGUCAUCAUUAUGUGCAUGCACUCUGUCCUGAUUGGUGGAGAGCAGCAGAUGAGUUUCCUGCUGAAGGCCCAUGAGAUGGGCCUGACGGCCGGCCGCUAUGUGUUUGUUCCGUACGACACGCUGCUCUACAGCCUCCCCUACACCAACACCUCCUACUUCAUCCUGCAGAACAACACCAAGUUGCAGCAGGCCUAUGACUCCGUCCUUACCAUCACCAUGGAGUCAGAUCUCAUGUCCUUCAACGAGGCCUUUAACAUGGCCAAGCGUCUGAACCAGCUGUCGGUACCACAAGAACCUCAGCAGGUUUCUCCACUCUUUGGAACGAUCUACAAUGGGCUGUACCUCAUAGCAAAAUCCAUUCACAAUGCUAGGAGGGCAGGCCAGUGGCUGUCUGGGACCAACUUGGCUUUCUUUGCCAAGAAUAUGACUUUCACUGGAUUCAACCAGAAGAUCAGAAUAGACAGUCAGGGAGAUGGCCAGACCAAUUACAUGAUCCUGGACACGGAUGGAUGGGACAAUAAGCUCUACCCCUGCUACGUGGUGGACCUGGGCAUGGACAUGAUCCGAUUCACCGGGAAUUUCAUUCACUUUCCAGGAGAUUCUCCUCCCUCUGCUGAUCCCAGCUGCUGGUUUGACCGCAGUGCCAUAUGCACUGGAGGAAUUGAGAUAACCUAUGUGAUCGUGGUGUUUGUGGUUGUCUUCAUUCUUGCUAUCUGUGGAAUUGUCCUUACCUUGUUCAUAAGGCGGCGAAUUCAGCAGAUCCAGUUGGUCAAAGGACCCAACCGAAUCCUGCUCACUCUGGAGGACCUCACCUUCAUCAACCCACAGCUCAGCAAGAGGAAGAUCACAUUAGAAGACCUGAGUGAGUCGAAAAGCAUUAUCGAGGAUAAGAGUGUAAAAUCGACGGAUCGCUCUCACUCUGUUGUCAGCAUGGCAACAGCGACUCACGAAAACUCAAAUGUUGCUGUCUAUGAGGGUGACUGGGUGUGGUUGAAAAAGUUCGAGGAGGGCCAGUUCAAGGAAGUCAAACAGAGUACCACAAAGAUAUUUACAAAGAUGAAGGACCUAAGGAAUGAGAAUGUUAACCCGUUCCUGGGAUUCUUUGCUGACUGCGACAUGUUCGCUGUGGUUACGGAGUACUGUUCUCGAGGCAGUCUGUAUGAUCUCCUGCGGAAUGAUGAUGUCAAGUUGGACUGGAUGUUUAAAUCCUCCCUGGUUCUGGACCUCAUUAAGGGAAUGAAGUACCUUCACCACCGUGAUUUCCCUCAUGGACGACUCAAAUCUCACAACUGUGUGGUCGAUGGUCGUUUUGUCCUCAAGAUCACAGACUAUGGUUUCAAUGAACUCCUUGAGUCCCAGAAAGCUCCAAAGACUGAGCCUCCUCCAGAAGAUCUAUUUUGGACGGCACCAGAGCUUCUCAGAGAUCCAGACACAAGGAGAGGGACGUUUAAAGGAGAUGUGUACAGUUUUUCCAUCAUACUCCAGGAAGUGGUGGUUCGUGGAGCUCCGUACUGCAUGCUUGGCUUGUCUCCCGAAGAGAUCAUUAGGAAGGUCAAGAAACCUCCACCCAUGUGCAGGCCUACUGUAGCCCCUGACCAAGCUCCACUGGAGUGCAUUCAGCUGAUGAAACAGUGUUGGAGUGAACUGCCUGACCGGCGGCCCACAUUUGAUGAGAUCUUCGAUCAGUUCAAACUCAUCAACAAAGGCAAGAAGACCAACAUCAUUGACUCCAUGCUAAGAAUGCUGGAGCAGUACUCCUCCAACCUGGAGGACCUAAUCAGGGAGAGGACGGAGGAGCUGGAGGUGGAGAAACAGAGAACAGAGAAACUGCUGUCUGAGAUGUUGCCUCCGUCUGUAGCAGAGGCCCUGAAAACAGGUGCUACAGUGGAGCCAGAGUAUUUUGACCAGGUCACCAUCUACUUCAGUGAUAUUGUUGGUUUCACCACCAUUUCCUCACUUAGUGACCCUAUCGAGGUGGUAGACCUGCUCAAUGAUCUCUACACACUGUUCGAUGCUGUACUCUGCAGCCACGAUGUGUAUAAGGUGGAGACCAUCGGUGACGCCUAUAUGGUGGCUUCUGGACUUCCGAAGAGGAACGGCAAUAAGCAUGCGGCCGAGAUUGCCAACAUGUCCCUGAAUAUCCUUAGUGCUGUGGGUACGUUCCAGAUGCGGCAUAUGCCAGAGGUUCCGGUCAGGAUACGGAUAGGCAUUCACUCAGGACCUUGUGUUGCUGGAGUGGUGGGCUUAACCAUGCCUAGAUAUUGCCUUUUUGGGGACACAGUCAACACCGCCUCUCGCAUGGAAUCCACCGGGCUGCCUUAUAGAAUUCAUGUUAAUAUGAGCACAGUGAAGAUCCUUCGUUCUUUGAAUGACGGCUACCAGAUUGAAGUUAGGGGAAAGACAGAGCUUAAGGGUAAAGGCAUUGAAGAGACAUACUGGCUUGUUGGGAAAACAAACUUCACAAAACCUUUGCCAAAGCCCCCAGAGAUCAAGCCAGGAGACAACUGGCAGGAAAUGGUGACAGAAGAGAUCAAGUCAAUAUUUCGAAAAGCCAACAGGCAAGUGGACAAGCCCAAAAUCUGA